AUGAGCUUCAUUCGACCAGCCACUCCUGGCUUUCUGAUCAACCUCAUAGCCACCAUCCUGUUGGCUGUCGUAUCAUUCUCUGUCCCCCUCAUAAAAUCUGUAUAUUUCCUCAAGGCAAGCCUUGCCGUCCAAGGCACCAAUGGUUACAUCACGUUUGGAACCUUGGGCUAUUGCUCGGAUAUCUCAGGGACUCUUUCAUGUUCCAAUGCAACAGUGGGGUAUGAAUUCAAUGUCAAUGCCUUGGUAGGCGAUAAUACGUCCAUCCAAAUCCCCACAGUAGUUGUAAAAUGGCUCACGUAUGCCCUCGUCCUGCAUAUCGUGGCUUUCGGCCUCGCAGGGGUAGCCACCAUCUUUGGUCUACUCGCUCACGUCCGUGAAAUGGCCAUGACUUGCUUCAGUAGCUGCAUAUCAGGAUUUGCUGCUACUGUUGCCCUCGCUGCUUUUAUUUUUGACCUCGCCAUCUUUUUCAUCGCCAAGUCCAGAAUGAACAGUGUUUCAGGUGGAUCUGCUUCCAUCGGUAACGCUGUGUGGCUUACGCUUGUCGCCUGGAUCCUGCUGUUCUUCAGCGGAUGCUUCUAUGGCGUCGGAAGGUGUUGCAUUAAAAGGCGUCCAAAGGGUGCAUGGGGCAACAAUGACCGUAUGGGCGGAAAUGCACACGCAGAGCAAAUGCGCCUGGACGCUGUCAAAGCGGAAGCAGAUCGAAAAGCAAGACAGCAUCAAGGCGAAAUUGGUUUACCGUCAUUCCAUGAAUACGAUCCAUCGCAACCAUUGAAGGCUAGAGUCUCGGGCGAAGAUGUCUUUUUGGACGAGGAGGAUGGUGUGCCAUAUCGAGACAACCAGAGCGUCUCCACCGCUGGCAGAGCCGGCAUGGGGUCUCAUGGUCGUCUUCCAUCACGAAACGGCUACGCUGGAGGAGGUUACGUCCAGGCUCCUCGUGGCACGCGCGCUGUAGACGAAUAUAACAACUCUUCUCCAUAUGCGGCGCCGCCACACCGGAAGAGUAGCACCUUAACUCAAACCACGUCAUCGAGCAUUUAUCCACCGUCCUCUACAACUCACUCAAUGUCGCCUCUAACUUCGUAUGUUCCCUCUGGGGUUGCAGCUACCGCCCCAGUGCACAACGCCGCCGGCGCUUACUAUAGUGACCCAUACUCCCCACAGGCAUAUGGUCAUGUGGAAGGUGUCUCUUCCCGCACCCCUCCGCAGCAACAUGCGGUGUAUAACCCUUGGGAACCGCAGCAAACACCAUCGUUCAACGCAGAUACAUACAAUGCUACGGGUGUGGUAGCUGCGGCUUCAUAUGCUGGUGCAUAUAACCCCCAACCUCAUCAGCCCGAGCAGAGCUAUGGUGCCAGCACUACUAGCGUUCCACAGCCGUCGGACCCAUACUACACUUCAAAUUAUCAGAGCCCGACCAACGCACCAAGGUCUCCGCCGCCACCCAACACCAGUGCGUAUGCGGCACCUUCGAACACGAGCGCUGUGAAGGGUCCGAGAGGGCCGCCGACGCCUGUGGUGAUGUCCCCUCCGCAGAUGUACAACGACAAUCCACCAACGUAUGAGGAUGGUCCGUCGCGAGCGCCUGUACAAUGGAAGAGCUGA